CAGCACCAGAGGGAGCAUAAGUCCACCAUAACUUGUAUAUUUAACUUCAAUUUGUACGGCAGGAAUACAUUUUUUAACAAUCUAGCCAUGUGGUUUUAUUGUUAAACUUCUAAUCGACGUAAGGAAAGCGCUCUUACGAAUCAGAACUUGUCACUCAUUGGUCCACGAGGAGGAAGUAUCCGGAUGUAACAAUGUUAGCUUGACUGGCUAAGUCCCGAAGGAAAAAUUACUUAAAGUUGGUGUAAAAAAACAAAAAAGCCUGUUGUUUAUUUAUCUGACUACUCGACAGACUUCAUGAGGAUAUCGCUUUUACAUGUUCCUUGGAACCGCUGUAAUUAUUUAUUUCUAGUUCGAAAUCAGCAAUACAUGAGGUAGUUAGCCUUUAUUAGCAAAGUGAUUGGACCGUUAGCCACUGAGGCGAAAACAGCUAACAGCAGAGACAGUGUUUCACAAAACACUUGAAGCUUUUAGAGGUUCGUGGUUUUGUGCUUCAAGACAAGUCCACACUCCGAGUUUGUAAGCAGUGUUGUUGUUGUUUACCUAAGGACCGAGAGAAUGGUUGGGCAGUUACAGAAUGGAACCAGAACUUCGGACCAAGUUUCAGGCAAAAGAAAAACAGAAAAUACAGGUUAUAUAGCUGAAACCUUGACCAAUUGGAACAUGUGAAGGUAUCAAGCAAGGAUUGUGAAAAAGAACAUCCUAAGUGGAUCAAGGAUGUCUGAGAUGAUGAAGGUUGAAGCAGAAGACCCUGGAGGGCUCAGUUUGAUGCCCCUCAUACCUGCAGCAUCAACAUCAGAACUGGAGCAGAAACAAGACGGCAAAGAUCUCAUGGUACCAGGCUAUCAGAUGUUGGUGAUUAAAGAAGAGGUUACCCAGCAAAAUCCACAACACCCCUGUAUAAAGGAGGAAGAGGAGGAGCUGUGGAUCAGUCAGGAGGAAGCGCAGCUUGUUGUGAAAAGUGAAGAUGAAGAGAAAUCUCAGUUAUUAGAGCCUUAUCACAUCAAACCUGAAGACACCAGAGAGACUGAAGCUCCAAGCAGCAGUAGCUUAGCUGGACAGAUCGAAACAGUACCUAAUGGACAGGGCUGUGGUGGACCAGAACCAGACAGGAACCCAGAUGCAGUGUGUUCUUUUGAAGAAAGUAAGAUGAUAGUUCACAAGAGUGAUAAAAUAUCUAAAUGGUGUUCUACAGCUCAGAUUGAAGUCCAUAGUGGAGAGAAGCCAUUUGGUUGCAGUAUAUGUGGCAAAAGGUUUAAAAGUAAAAACCGUGGUAGAUUACACAUCAUGACUCACACUGGAAAUAGAGAACAUAGCUGUGAUCUUUGUGGUAAAGGAUUUCUAGCGAAGGGUCAUCUUGAGACUCAUAUGAGACUCCACACUGGAGAACGACCAUUUGGCUGUGAUGACUGUGGUAGAAGUUUUCGCGCAAAGACAAAUCUUAAAACUCACAUGAAGGUCCAUUCAAGAGAAAAACCUUUUUCGUGUGAUGUUUGUGGAACAAACUUUAAAAGAAAGGAGACCCUCAAGAAACACAUAUGGAUCCACACCGCAGAGAAACCUUUUGUCUGUGAUGUUUGCAGUAAAGGAUUUUCACGACAAAAGAGUCUAAAAAGUCACAUGUGUCUGCACACCGGAGAGAAACCGUUUAUUUGCAGUGUUUGUAGUAAAGGAUUUGCAUUACAGGAGAAUCUGAAGAGUCACAUGUGCGUUCACACAGGGGAGAAACCAUUUAUUUGUAGCAUUUGUAGUAAAGGGUUUCAUCGACAUGGAGAUCUAAAGCGACAUAUGCGUAUUCAUACAGGAGAGAAACCAUUUAUUUGUAGCGUUUGUAGUAAACGAUUUUCGCAGCAAAUUCAUUUAAAGAGUCACAUGCUUGUUCACACUGGAGAGAAACUAUUCAUUUGUAGUUUUUGCAGUAAAGGAUUUUCACAACCAGAAACUUUAAGGAGACACAUGCGUGUUCACACAGGACAGAAAGAGUUUAUUUGUAAUGUUUGUAGUAAAGGAUUUUCACUAAAACAACAUCUAAAAAACCACAUGGAGGUUCACACAGCACCAUUUAGCUGUAGUGAUUGUGGAAAGCGUUUUGUUAAGGAAACCCAGUUGGAGCGACAUGUGAAACUCCACUCAGAGGAGAGGCCGUUUGGUUGUGAUGUCUGUAAAAGCAGAUUCAACCAAAAGUGUCAGCUUGAGAAUCACAUGAGAGUCCAUUCAGGAGAGAAACCGUUUGUGUGCAGCGUUUGCUGUAAAGCAUUUUCACAACAAGGAAAUCUGAAGAAACACAUGGGUGUUCAUGAGGGCUGUAAUUAAUUCUUAUUGUGACACUUGACUAAUCUGCCAAUGUUUUCCCAAUUAGAUUAUUAUUAUUCAUUUGUACCUUCUGUUGGUUUGUCUUCUCUUCUCUAUUGGUUCUGUUUCUAGUCUCUGAACCUGUGAUUUCUACCCUAAUGUCUCUAUUGUAUAAAUGUCCACAGUAAAUUCCCUGUCUGCCACCUACUAUUCUCAUUAAAGUAAUGCUUUUUUUAAACUACAUUUGGCAGACUAAGAUAUGUAUGUCUGACUGAAAUCUGGCUACUAGAGCAGAUAGCUUGGCUGGUUAACCAUCUAAUAUGAGCUUGUUAGAUUCCAACCGUUACUCUAAAAGAGUAGAACGAUAAGAAAGAUAAUCUGGACAGUUGAGACUUGAAAAUUACUCCCAGAUUUGUAUGUUUUAAAUUAAAGUUUUGUAAUAAUACCAUGA